AUGGACAACAUGCACAGCUUCUGGCAGUUAGGGGAUGAGCUCCGCGGACACUCAAAAGCAUCUGAGGAUCACAAAUGGUUAAUGGUUGCUUCUAAGUUAGCUGAGCAGAGAUCAAAGGCAGAGCGCUUUAACAACCUUGAUCUUUCAAAGGGUCCCAUUGAAACAAGGCCAAGAGAUAAAUUUGGUUUUCAGGAGGAGAACAAAUUUGACACUCUUAACUUGAGCAUGUUAAACCUAGAAUCGAAAUUUAUUGAAAAUAUGAACAAAAGCUCGCUUCGGAAUGGUGUUUACAAUAUGAAUGCUGUGUACCAGAAAAACAAUGCAAACAUGUUGGGUAACAUGAACAGUAACAAGUAUAGUGGUAAUGUUCAGCUCAACAAAGAUCCACAUAGCAAUAACAAUAACAACAAUGAAAACAACACAAAUGCUACGGACAAAAGGUUCAAGACUUUGCCUGCAGCAGAGACACUCCCACGCAAUGAGGUGCUUGGAGGUUAUAUCUUUGUUUGUAACAAUGAUACGAUGCAGGAAGACUUAAAACGUCAGCUAUUUGGUCUGCCUCCAAGGUAUCGAGAUUCGGUCAGGGCAAUAACACCGGGGUUACCUCUAUUUCUUUAUAAUUAUACUACCCAUCAGCUGCAUGGAAUUUUUGAGGCAACAUGUUUUGGGGGCUCUAACAUAGAUCCAACUGCAUGGGAGGAUAAAAAAUGCAAAGGCGAGUCAAGGUUCCCAGCUCAGGUAAGAAUCCGUGUCAGAAAAAUUUGCAAGGCACUGGAAGAAGAUUCAUUCAGGCCAGUAUUGCAUCAUUAUGAUGGUCCAAAGUUUCGCCUUGAGCUCUCAGUUCCAGAGACCCUGGAUCUAAUGGACCUAUGUGAACAAGCUGGUUCUGCAGUCUAA